AUGUCCAACCUCGCGAUCACCGCCGGCCGCAAGGUCUUUGAGCGCAACUUGAAGAACUAUACCCCCACAGACCCGCUAUACGAGACCUACACAGACAAGAAGGGUCGCCAGAAGCGGCGCACCCGCGCUACACCUCCCGGUUUGUCCAAGCGCGAUGCGAAGAUCCUGCGCUCCGUCCAGCGGCGUGCGCACUACCUGGACAAAGGGUUCAAUAUAUGCGGCAUGCGGUUCGGGUGGACGUUCAUCAUCGGCAUCAUUCCCGGCGCGGGCGACAUCGCGGACGCGUCGCUCAACUACUUCCUCGUCGUUCGCAAGGCGCGACAAGCAGAGAUCCCGAGCUGGCUCCUCCGCCAGAUGCUGCUCAACAACGCCGUCUCCGCCGCGGUCGGUCUCAUCCCCUUCGUCGGCGAUAUCGUCCUCGCCACCUACAAGGCCAACUCGCGCAACGCCGCCCUCCUCGAGGAGUUCCUCCGCACGGUCCGUCCUGGCGCCGGCCGCGAGGCCGACGAGGUCGUGCCGGGCAAGAAGCCCGAGCGCGGGCUCACCAACUGGUUGCGGCGCGGCAGUAAGGGCGGGAGCAAGAAGGAGAAGGGUGCGGCGGCGGACCCACCACCGACUAAACCUUCGGCUGACCGGGGACGGUUCGUGGAGGACGUCCCUGCGAGCAGUGCCUCGGAGCCGGCGAGCAAGACCAAGUAG